AUAAAUAAAUCAUUUGUUAGAUAUUACACGUGAAAUUAUGAAAUUGCCUAAUUAAAUGUAAAUUUAUGUUUGAAUAAUAAUGGAGCGAUCACGUUCUCAUCGGUCUGUUGUUAUAGCUGCCGAACUGGCGCCAUAGGUUAAAGCGAGACAAGUAUAUUCUUUCUCACUCCAGCUCAUUGCACCAGUUCAGCAGUGCAGCUAUAAAAGAACAGACUAGUCAUUUGUAUAUUAACCUUUUCGCGAAACCAAUUAUAAAUAAGGGAAGGUUGAAGGCGUUUUUUGUCUCAUCCGAGAUAACUAUUUAAAAAAAAUCAAUUAUAAAUAAGACUGAUAAGACUGCAUUGGUACGGUGCAUUGUGGUAAUUGGUGUGGUUAUUCUGAAUCCACGAAUCUACAAUCGACUGUACUUCUCAUUCUGUACUCGACGAAAAUCGCGUCCGGAAAAUCAUGAUUUCCUUAAAAACCAUCACGCUCGACAACUUUAAGUCAUUCCGGGGUGGAGUGAUAAUCGGCCCCAUCCAGCCGUUUACCGUGGUCAUGGGUCCAAAUGGAUCUGGAAAAUCAAAUAUCAUAGAUGCUGUAAGAUUUGUAUUGGGAGAGAAGUCGAGCGAAUUGCGCGUUCAACACCCCAGCGAGCUUGCUCAUGGAGCUAUGCUUAAAAGCCCAGUAACGGAAGUAGUCGUAGUGAUGAUACUUAAAAUUGAUGAUAAAGAAAGGAGUUUCAAGAGGAUGAUACACGGCGAAAGCAGUCAAUACGAAAUAGACGACAAGAUUGUCACUCAUGAUUUUUAUAUGACUGAACUGAGGAAUUUGAAUUUAGAUAUAAAGACAGGCAACUUUUUGGUGCCACAGGGCUACAUCGAAUGCAUUGCAAUGAAAACUCCAAAGGAGCUGACUGAAAUGUUAGAACAGUUCAGUGGUUCGGAGGUGCUCAAGGCGGAUUACACUAGAUUAAAGUUAGAAGUUCAGAAAGUGGAGGGAGAAGCACAAUUUGUGCGACAAAUGAGAAAGCAGCUAUUGUUGCAGAAACAAAGCGCUAAAGAAGAGAGAGCGGAAGCGGAGAAGUACACGGAGUUGCUGAAACAAUAUGUAGAGGAAAAAACAAAAUUUCAACUAUAUCGAUUGUUGCUCAUUAAGAAGACACUCGAGACCUUGCGAAUUAGAGAGAGAGAAGUAAAAUUACAAAUCGAUGAGCACCUGUUCGAGAAAAGCAACGGGACGAAGUCAUUAAAAGAGAAAAAACUAGAGCUUAAGGAAUUGUCCGCCUCUCUCGAAGAUGUUGAGUCGAGCAUCGCGAAGUUAGAAAAGGUUAUUCAAGAAAAGAGGACAGCAUAUGUUACAUUCGAGGAAACUACCUCAUAUUGGCAGAAGAAGUGUGAUUUCGCUCACGCAUCUCUAGACAAUGCGAAUAAAGCACAGGACGCCAACAAGAAAGCCAUUGAAGAAUUGGAAAAUGAAUUGGAGAAGACAAACGUCGAAUGUAUGAAACUAAGAGAAACAAGGGAGUCGGAGGAAGACAUAGAACUCAGCAACUCUCAGGUUGAACGUUACAUGAACUUGAAAACCGAAGCUGAGAAUAGAAUGAAGGGUAUUGUAACGGAGAUAAAUAACUUGACGCGCAAUCAGCAAGCGAAUCGCGAUAAGCUUGAUGAUUGUAAUAGACGUAAGCAGGAAUUAGAGGAUAAAGCAGAGCGAAUUACGUUAAUGAAGAAAGAUCACGAAGAGCGAUUCAAGAAGUUGCGCGAUGUACAUACCGAAUCCGUGGCAACUGUAACGCGAAUGACAGCAAAAAAGGCGGAACUAAGCGCAAAACUUGCCACAAUACAACUUAGAGUGUCAUCCUUAGAGAGUGACGUGGCAAAAGUUUCAGAGGAACUUCGCGAAUCUGAUAUCGAUAGUUACACGGUUUCGCAUCAAACGAGAAAAGCUAUGAUAAUGAAAAGACUAAAAGAGUCCUUUUCCGGCGUGUAUGACCGUUUAUGUAAUUUGUGCAAGCCCGUUCAUCCACGUUACAAUAUCGCGGUGACGAAGGUCCUUAAAAGAUAUUUUCACGGUAUCGUUGUCGAUAGCACGGACACAGCAAAACGCUGUAUUGAAUUUUUGAAAAGCGAAUGCUUGGACGUUGAGCUUUUUCUACCGCUUGACUCGUUAAAAACGGUUACCUUGAAAGAAAAAUUGCGCUCCGUUCAAGAGUUGCCAAAUGUAAAAUUAUUAUACGACGUGAUAGAUAUCUUGUCCCCGGAAAUAAGCAAGGCGGUUUUAUUUGUUACCGAAAACACUUUAGUUUGCGAGACAGCGGAAGACACGAGAAAAUUGGCCUUUGAAAUUUGGCAUAGACGUUACAAUUGCGUUUCAUUGGACGGAUGUUUAUUUGGCAAAAGUGGUUUGAUAUCUGGUGGAGAGGCUGAUUUAGCUGUGAAAGCUAAACAAUGGGGAGAUCAGCAGGUGGCUUCAUUGAAGAAUCGAAAGGCACAAUUAGUGCAGGAGCUCAGAAGUCUGCCAGUACCUUCUCACGUGCAAUCCGAGCUUAAUGAAAGUGAUAUACAAAUCAAAGGAGUCGCUCUUAAAAAUCAUUACAUGGAGGCGGAUAUGAAAGACGCUACAAUCAUAUCGGAAAUUGAGCGCAAGGUGGAAGAAAACGAUGAGGAAAUAGGAGACAUGAAGAGACACAUCAGUGCAGUUGAAGAUGAUAUUUUUGCCAAUUUUUGUAAAGAUAUUAAUGUGCCAAAUAUUAGUUACUACGAGAAGACUAAUCUACGGACUUAUAAAGAACAAAAAAAGAAGCAACUGGAGCUUGAAGAGCAAUCCGAUCGCAUCGAGAAUCAAUUGAGUUUCGAAAGAGAACGCGAUAUGACUAGUACAAUAAUAAAAUGGAAAACUGCCGCGCUGCAAGCCAAUGUAAAAUUGAAUGACACGCGUGCGAAAGAGAACGGUAUAAAAAUUGUUAUUGAACAAAAAGAAACGAAGUUGUCGGAAUUAAAUAACAAGCGCGCAGGCAUAAACAAUAAUUUAGAGACUAUGAAAAACGAUUUGGCUCUAUGUAAAUCGCAGUUGGAUAACGUCGAAGAAUUGUACGUUAACAGUCGAAGAAUGCACAUUCUGGUGCAGAACACGACAAAACAGAAGAAGGUGGAGUGCAAAACUGUAUUCAAAGAAUGCAAGAUUGAAGAUAUUAACAUCCCCAUGUUGCCGAGCGAAGGUCAGCCAAGAGACUUUUUAAGUAGUACUUUUAGUAGUGGCUCAAAUUUGAUCGGAAACGUAUUAAAUACGGAAUCGUCGAUUGAUCGGGAGAUGUUAACCGAGGUCGAUUUUUCACAAUGUCCCGACGAGAUACGUAAUAAGACCGAAGAAGAUCUACAAGACACUGUUAAACGGCUUGAUGAAAAGGUCGAGAAAAUUAAAAAUGAGCUCGACACCAUGAAGAAACCCAAUUUUAAGGCUCAGGAAAAGGUGCUGUCGAUAGCGGAACAAAUACAUGAGGCAAAUGCACAGUUUCAAGAAUUACGCCAACAAGCAAACUAUCUAAAAGUGCAGUUCGAGAAAGUAAAAAUGACGAGGUACAAACUAUUCUCGGAUUGUCUGGAGUGCAUUUCUACGGAAAUAGAUUCCAUAUACAAGGGUUUGGUUAAUGAUGAAUCCGCACAAGCACUUAUCUUACCGGAAAAUCCCGAGGAACCGUACGCUGGCACUAUAAAUUUCAGCUGUAUCCCGCCAAAUAAACGUUUUCAGCCAAUGCAACAUCUGUCCGGUGGGGAAAGAACACUUGCUAGUCUGGCGUUGCUAUUUGCAAUGCAACGUUUUAAACCAACACCGUUCUUUAUCAUGGAUGAGAGUGACGCGGCAUUAGAUAAGAGAAACAUUAAAAAUAUCGUUCGCUACAUUAAAUCUCAAGCGAAGACUAUGCAAUUUAUCAUAAUAACUUUCCAAGAAAUGCUGCAAAUAAAUGCAGAUGCUAUUAUAGGAAUUACCACUGAGCGAGACCUUUCGAUGAGGCGGCGGGCCCUAAAGCUGGCCACAGGGCUUCUCCUGGUCCAGCUGCUGUUGCUGUUGCCGGAUCAAGUGAGCGCUGUGAAGAAUCGACUGAGGAAACAACGAUCCAAGCCGGAAGUGCAGGCACAGCAACCUGAGAGGAGUGAUUAUGAUUACGACUACUACGAAAAUUACAGCGACUACGAAGAAAAGAACGGUUUGGCAGAAAUUAAUUCUACAUCCGAACAAGAUCUAUCAUUUUCACCUACGGAAAUUUUACCUGGCGAAAGCAACAUGUACAGUUCUGUAGCGAUAGCUGGUCCACGGGGUGAACCUGGUCGACCCGGAGAUAGUGGCCGUCCAGGCGACUCAGGAUUUCCUGGACAACCCGGAACUCCCGGAAUUCCAGGAGCACCUGGUCCUCCUGGAGCCGUACCUGAUGUGUCUCUAUACUAUCAACAACUGGCAUUAUCUCAAGAAAAUCAAGAUAAAGGUCCAACAGGUGCAGCUGCAUCAUUAUACGGACCAGAUGCGUAUCCUUACAUUCAAGCGCAAGUAGGCCCAAUGGGCCCGCGAGGUCCUCCAGGUGCACCGGGUGCUCCUGGUCCGCAGGGUUUUCAAGGUACACGUGGUGAGCCGGGCGAACCGGGAUCUCCUGGUUCUCCUGGUGCACCAGCUCCUAGAGGCUUACCAGGACUGGCCGGAAAAGACGGUGUUAGUGGAGAAGAUGGUGAGACUGGUCCCCCAGGAUCGCCUGGUCCUGCAGGACCACGCGGCCUUCCAGGAAUGCCUGGGCUUCCAGGAAUAAAAGGCCAUCGUGGUUUCCCGGGCUUAGACGGAGCAAAAGGCGAACAAGGAGCUUCUGGUGAAAAAGGAUCUAUGGGUACUCCUGGACCAAUGGGGCCAGUUGGGCCGAUAGGUCCAGCGGGGCCACGUGGUGAAAGAGGCAGAGAAGGCUUGCCAGGUCCUUCUGGAUUAAGAGGUCCCGAUGGAAUUGCUGGCUCGCCUGGGCAACCUGGUGCGGUAGGUAAACCUGGUUUACCUGGUUUUCCAGGCAGUCCUGGACAUAAGGGUGACCAAGGAGCGCAAGGACCGACAGGAAGUCAGGGUUUGCAGGGACCACGGGGCGAAAGUGGUCGUCCAGGACAGCCUGGUGAAACGGGUCCGCAAGGUCCUCAGGGCAAAGACGGAAUUCCUGGUGAGAAAGGAGUACCUGGGACGGCAGGACCCGCUGGUGUACCUGGGUUUCCGGGAGUUCGAGGUCAACCAGGAACACCAGGCAAUCCUGGUGCUUCUGGAGCCAAAGGAGCACCCGGUCUUCCUGGUGAAAGAGGUUUUAAAGGCGAUCCUGGCGUGAAGGGCGAUCCAGGAAUGUCUGGUCCGCGUGGAGUUCCGGGACCUCCUGGAAAUGAGGGCAAGAGGGGUAAGAGAGGAAUGCGUGGGCCGAUCGGCAUUGCAGGACCUCCUGGAGAACGUGGCGUAUCUGGAGUGCGAGGCCUUCCUGGAUCGGAUGGACCUCCCGGACCUCAAGGACCAUCCGGUGAUCGUGGUUCCGUGGGAGCUGUUGGGCCAAAAGGAAGCACUGGAGAUUCUGGACGACCUGGGCCUGCAGGAUUACAGGGUACGCGUGGUGUAACGGGCAGACCUGGAGCUCCCGGGAAACCCGGAAAUCCUGGCGAACGUGGUAUUCAAGGUGCAGAUGGCAAACCCGGAGAACAAGGUCCGCCUGGAUUGCAAGGUCUACCAGGACCAUUAGGACCGCCAGGAGAAAGAGGAUAUCCUGGAGAACCUGGGAAAGACGGUGAGCCUGGUAAUCCGGGACCUCAUGGUCCCAGAGGAGACACUGGUAAAGAAGGACUACCAGGUGCACAAGGCCCACCAGGACCGCCGGGAAAUGAUGGCGUACGAGGUUCUCCGGGGCUUGCAGGAUCUAGAGGUUUUCCGGGUCUUCCAGGCGUUGCCGGUAACCCAGGUAUACCGGGCAAAGAUGGAGAAGCAGGAGUACAAGGCCCUCCUGGCUUAUCAGGACCGCCCGGUGAUAGAGGCGAGCGAGGAUUCCCGGGAGAAAGGGGACUUGUGGGACUUCCGGGACCUGCGGGUGCAAAAGGAGAAAUUGGAGUGCAAGGCGCCGACGGUCUCACCGUAUUCCCGGCGCGAGGGGACUACCUGGUGAACCUGGACAAAAAGGAGAGAGAGGAGCUGCCGGACCAUUUGGCCCCGAAGGUCCACCAGGUAUGCAAUGACUUUAUAACAAUUUUAUUAAUAAAAAGCUGUUAAUAAGAUAUCAAUAUACUUUAUUUAAAUUUUGCAGGUCGCAUUGGAGAGCGUGGUCCGCAAGGAGAAGUUGGACCCCUUGGUCCGCCAGGAGAACCGGCAGAACGAGGUGAUCCGGGUCUACCUGGUCUUGCUGGUGAGCCCGGAGCUCCUGGCAAUCCAGGAGAGAGAGGUCCUCAUGGAAUACAAGGUCCGCAGGGUUUCCCGGGCGCACAAGGAUUAGUUGGACUUCCUGGCUUGAAGGGUGAUCGCGGCUAUCCGGGUUUGAAAGGAGAGCAAGGAAAUACAGGGCUGUCUGGCAAUCCUGGCGAACCUGGAUCACCGGGACCCAUUGGAUUUACCGGUGCUAAGGGAAUUAGAGGCGAACCUGGUGCACGGGGAGAACCUGGCUUAAUAGGGCUACCCGGUAUUGCGGGACAUAUUGGACCAGCGGGCCCGCCAGGAAAUAUAGGACUGUCCGGUGCUCCAGGAUUACCUGGCGCUAAAGGUAACGCGGGUGAUCCUGGACGUUCCGGAAAUCCAGGUCCGAUCGGUAUUCCUGGCCUGCCUGGGAUAGAUGGAAGUAAAGGUGAAAGCGGAUCUCCCGGCCCUCAAGGGCCAGCCGGCCAUCAAGGACUUCAAGGUCCGCCCGGCGAGCGAGGUCUGCCUGGCUUACAUGGUUCUCCUGGUCCCAUAGGAAACAGAGGGUUGCGCGGAGCGCCCGGUGAGAUGGGACAGCCUGGUAAAGUCGGAGCGGAAGGUCCACCCGGGCCUCCCGGAUUGGUAGGCCCGCAUGGGCCUCCUGGUCGUACUGGAGAAACAGGACCAGAAGGACCAUCUGGGAAACCAGGACUUCCGGGAAUAGCAGGUCGACCUGGCGACAAAGGGCCACUUGGAGCACCCGGUGCAACUGGAUCAUCUGGUCCUCCUGGAUUACCAGGGCCACCUGGACCGAUAGGGUCUCCUGGAUUCAUCGGAGAACGUGGCGCGAAAGGCGAAGCAGGGCCACAAGGUGUGGAAGGUCCACAGGGACCACGAGGGAAACCUGGCCCCUCAGGUCUUGAAGGUGCAAAAGGCGAUCGUGGUGAAGAAGGUCAGAAAGGCAUCAAAGGACAUCGAGGAUUUACCGGUUUGCAAGGAUUACCUGGCUCCCCUGGUUUGCCGGGAGAAAAGGGUAUGUCCGGCUUGCCAGGAUUUCCCGGUAAAGAUGGAGAGCCAGGUAUUAGAGGUAGUCCUGGGCGGGACGGCGCGCCAGGACUUAUCGGACCUGUAGGAGGUCCUGGACCGAGAGGUCCACCUGGCGAUGAAGGUCGCCAUGGAUUACCAGGUUCUCCGGGACCUCCCGGACCACCUGGUCCCCCUGGAGAUGGUGGUUUCGGUUAUGAUGCCGCGUCUAUAGCAGCACUUAUGGCACAAGGACAAACUAAAGGACCUGAUCCACUUGGUGAUGAGCCACCGAGGAUGUUCGGAAAAGAUAUUACUGAAAAGGAACGAAGGGAAUUGCUUUUGAAAGCAUACGAAAAUCUAAAGUCGUCCUUUCAAAAGUUGGUAAAACCAGAUGGCCAAAAGGAUUCACCAGCCAAAACAUGCAGAGAUCUAUUUAUUGCCUAUCCGGACAAAUUAUCUGGCGAAUAUUGGAUCGAUCCAAAUGAGGGAGAUAUCCGAGACGCAAUUUUGGUGCACUGCGAUGCUGAGAAACGUGCCACUUGCAUUUUACCGAGUCCCUCGCGUUCGCCAGAGAUCACUCACAUCACUGACCAGCAAGAGACUUGGCUGAGCGAAAUAGACAACGGCAUGAAGAUUACGUACAAGGCGGACAACAACCAGAUCAGUUUCCUGCAACUGCUUUCGAAACACGCGCAGCAGAAUAUCACGUACCAUUGCAAGAACAGCGUGGCUUACUUUGACUCCGAACGACAAACCUACAGAAGGAGUUUGAAGCUUCUGACUUGGAACGACGUCGAAUUGACUCCACGGAGCAAUCAACGUCAUAGAUACGAGAUGAUAAUGGACGAAUGCAAGCUUCGUCAGGAUCACUGGAGUAAAACCGUCAUCGCAUACGACACAGAUAAACCCACAAGGCUUCCUAUCUUGGAUGUGGCUCUACGAGAUAUCGGGAAGCCCGAGCAAAGCUUUUCCAUCGAAAUUGGUACAGCUUGUUAUCAAUAAUAUAAAAUACAAUACUGCAAUUAUUAUCUCA